AUUGAGCAAGAAAGACGAGGUCUGAGAGAUAUGCUCGGUAGUUUCGUGGUUCUACUUUCUCCGUUAUCAUUAGAGUCCUUGAGCAAGCUACUUUUCAUACCGAAAGCGGGAGUUAACCGCGCGCUAAAGGAUCUCCACGCCAUCCUUAGCAUACCAAAAGACCCUACCGGCCCAAUCCGCUUACAACACCCUUCAUUCCGCGACUUCCUUCUGGACAAAAGGAGAUGUAAGGAUUCAGAUUUCAAGCUGUGGGAUGCCGAGUCAGGCGCCGUGCAGCAGACGUUCUCGGGCCACUUGGGCCCGAUCAGGGCCGUGGCCUUCUCGCCGGACGGCAGGACUCUGGCGUCGGCAUCGGACGACAGGACGGUCAAGCUGUGGGACGCCAGGUCAGGCGUCGUGCUGCAAACGCUCGAUGUUGGCGCAAUCGUUGAAUCCCUGUGUUGCUCCAGUGACGGUACCUCUCUCCAGCCUGACCGGGGAUCCUUACCCACUUUAUCAUCUGUUCUGGAGGGUACAACUGUGACAAGUCCACAGCUUCUACCGUCUAUCUUUGUUAAAGAGCAAUGGGUGAGUGGCCAUACCGAGCGGAUCCUUUGGCUUCCUCCCGAGUAUCGGCCAAGCGGUGUUGCUGUUCAUAAUGGUAUUGUCGCUUUCGGAUAUACAUCUGGAAGAGUUAUAGCCAUAGAACUUGCUUUAUGAUCUUUCUCUGAGGCGGUUUGACCGCGAAGGUUGCCAAAACCACUUUCAUUUAUUGCAGAGCUAAAGAAGAACUAUCUCCUAUGCGUAAACGAUGUUCAAGACGUUAACA